UCGCGCACGGUAGUAACAGGAAGUAAAAGGAAAGCUACAACCAAACCAUAACAAGCUGAGCAGAAAUAUCUAUUUUAAGGACGUGUUAUCUUAAAAUGGACUCUCGGAGUUUCAUUAACGAGUCACGCUGCAUGUUUUUUAACUCCUCCUCAAAGGACAAUCGAUGUGCGGUGAUUUUAUCAGUAAAACGAGCCACAGGAACCUUCUCCUUAAUCGGAUGUGUUUUCAUGCUGUUUGUAAUCUGGCUGCUCCGACGCUAUCAGUCCUUGGCUCAGAAGAUGAUUCUCAGCCUGACUGUAGCCGCCUUCUUCGACAGCGUAGCAUAUGUCAUGGGCGAAACCCAUCCGAAGGGAUCUCUCUGCAACUUCCAGGCCUGGUGGCUGACAUACUUCGACUGGAGUGCCUUGGCCUGGGUUUGCCUCAUUACCCUGAACCUGUAUCUCAACCUGGUCAGGGAAAUAAGCACCAACAGAUAUGAGAAGUUUUACCAUCUGAUGGCGUGGGGGGUACCUCUGGUCAUGGCCUCUUUGCCGCUGCUGAAAGGUUACUACGGCCUCGCGGGAGCCUGGUGCUGGAUCACAGACGAUCACGUAGCCUGGAGAUUUGGGAUAUGGUACGUGCCUCUCUUCAGCCUCAUCUUCCUCAUGAUCUGCUGCUAUGCCAGAAUCAUCUGUGUGGCCAAUAAAAGAAUGCAGUCCUGGCGGGGAACCUUCAACCCCGAGCGCGAGAGACGAAAGGUUUCCCUAGCCGAGGAGAUCAAGCCGCUGAAGUGGUAUCCGUCUGUUUACCUGCUGGUGUCCACCUUCCCGCUGGUUAACAGACUCCAUAAUGCCUUCUACCCUGAAGAUCCUUCGUUCCCUCUCACCCUUUUGCACGUCCUGUCAGCACCUCUCCAUGGUUUGGCCAAUGCCUUUGUUUUUGGCCUGGAUAAGGAGUGGUGGAGUCUGCUGAGCCCAACUGGAUUGCAGCUGGCUCUGCAGUCACGGCUCUGCGACCGAACGCGAAUCGGAGAGUACUACCCCGGGGCGGUGCGCUACACACAGGCAGACCUUAUCGACCCGAGCGAUGACGACGACGACGACGACACCAACGUGCUCUUCUACUCGCCUGACAUGACCCUGAAAGAUCGAGGUCCUUGAGAGAGAGGAAGAAGGGAGACAAAAGAGCUGGAGGGAAGAAGCACAAAGGAGGGUCAGAGCCAGAGAGAACCACGCCGGAUUAGAAACUGAGAGGGAAAAAAGAAAAAGGGGGAAAAAAAAAAAAAACGAGGUAGGGAGGGAAUGGAAGAGAAGAUUGUGGGGACGGUCAGGCAGAUAGAAGCCGGAGAUGAGCUGUCAGGUUCCAUUAUUAAUCCCCAUCCUUUACUAUUUAAUAUCCUUAAGACACCCUCCGCACACACACAGAGCAGAGCUCCAUUUCUGUGCAACACGACUAUCUGAGAGCUCUAAAGAUCAGCCUAAUGUUAAAGGCAUCUGCUGCAUCCCAAAAGGACUCUGGAAAGAUUUACCUCCCCGAACCCUCUGUUUUCCACCGCAUUCUGCAGCAUUUUAGCAUGCCAGAACAAAAAAGACAAGGGGAAAAAAAAAGAAAAGAAGAAGAAAAAAAAAACACAAGGCACUGCUGAAAGGCAAUCAUAACAAGGUGCUUCUUAAGCACUCGCAGCAAUCACCUUUUCAGUUCCCCACAGGAAAUGAGUUGAAAGGCAGGCCUUUAAAAAUCACCCUGUGUGUCAGCGUCUCACUCUGCCAUUAGAUUGAUCCCGGUACUACAUAAUUUUCCUGCCAAUAAGGAGAAGGUGGGUGUACAGUGGAAAUACAAAAAGAAAAAGAUGGGGGGGGAGGGGUUAAAAACAGUCGAAGUGAGUCAAAAUUGGGGAAAAACAAGUCCUGAAGCAACGGGCUCUCUCCUCAGUCAGUAUUAGUUUUCAGGCUGUCGCUCUGCCUCGAACAUUGCAAGUUCUGCACAAGUGUUCCUUUGAGUUUGUAUUUUUGAUGAAAUGCUACAUUUUUGAUAUACUGUUUUUUUUUUUAUUACAAAUCGACGUACUGUAUAUGUUUGAAUGCACUAUCUAUUUUUAUACUUUUGUCUUCUGAACGCAAAGCCUUAUUUACAAACUCUAUUUUAGUCAAUUCAACACGCUGAAAAGUUUACGUACAUGAGUCGUGGGCAUGAAGUUCAUGUUGAUUUCAGGCUUUUGAUGAUGUCUUAAAAUCAACACCCACUUGUAUUUGGCUAAAUGUUCUUUAGCAAGUUUCAGUAAAACCAGGAACAAGCCGACAGCGUAACUCGAUCUGGAUAUUUGACCGCUCUUCUUAUCAGAAACUGCGGAGCUCAUUUGAAUUGGUUCAUAUCCUGGCACAGACUUUGCUUUAAAAUAUUUUUAACAGGCUUAGUGUCUCGGCCAUCCAAGAAGCUUAACGUUGGCCAGAGUUUUUUUUUUUUUUUUUUCAUUUCAACACCCAACUGUGUCAAACACCUGCUCACAGUUACAACCAAGAACGAAUAAAGGUGAGGUCUUCAAAUUGCAAAAUUAUAUACCGGUGGCACUCCGAGGGUCUUUCUUCACUUCCGUAGGUACUGGCAUGUUGCACAAAAAUGACUGGGAGGAUAUAAAUGAAGAAAUCACUUUGAAAUCUUCAUCUUAAAUAGUUAGAUGGUUGAAAUUUGGACUCAAUUGGUUCUGAGCGAAUGGACAAAGAAGGCUAACAUUAAGGUUCUGGAAUACUCUCAACUUCAACCCCUAUAAAAGGUUUAUACAUUAAAAAAAAAAAGUCUGUUACAGGAAAACAAAAAUAUUCAACAGAGCACGACUAAUUCUGACAAGAACGAUGGUCAAAGAUCCGUCCAGAAUGAUACCAGAGGCUUGUUAAUGGCUCCAAAAGUCUGUGGUUUCUCUGCUGCAAAUAUAUGCAUUUCACCUUAUGUGUAUAUAUAUAUAUAUAUAUAUGAUUUUGAACCUUUGUGAAUUACAAAAAUUCUCCAUUUUAAUUCAAAUUAUCCAUAUUCCACAUUGCAAAAUCCUUCCACCACGAGGAACCCCCCCCCCCCCAAAAAAAAAAAAAAAAACGGUGCUAAAGCAUCAGUAAGAGCCCAAAGUAAUGCCGUCCAUACAGAUGAGUGUAUGCAAACGUCCGACCAGUGCUGCGCACGCUCCUGUUUGUUUCUAGGGUCGCAACACAUCAGCAGGAGGUGACACACCAGACACCUGCUGCCUUUGUCAGCUGAGCCGGCAGAGCCGAGGUGUGAUUGGCAGGAUAAUGGAGCCAAUUUAUAUUCAAGCACAGCCCAUUUGCCAAUAUCUGGGUGAUCUCAUUAUUAUCUGUGUACUCUGCCGACAGUCGGAUGCCUUUUCUUAGAAGUUUGAGAAGAUAAACAGUCACUGGAGUUUCUGAACUUUUCUGCUGAGCGUUUGCACAACUCACAACGUGGCCCCUAUUUUUCUAAGCAGUUGCGUUGGCUUUGGCUUGACUAUCACACACUCAAAUAAAUAAGAGUCAUUUCAGAACCAAA